AUGAAAUAUAGUAAUUUUUUAAAUUUAUUUCCUCUUGUUUCAUCUAUUUUGUUAAUAAAUUUAAAUAUUUUUGUUUGUCAAAACAUUUCAUCCGAAACAACAACAACAUCAACAACAAUAACAACAGCAAUAAUAACAACACAAACAACCCCUAAAACAACAACAACAUCCCCACAACCAAAACAAUCAACUUUAUCUCCAACAACAUCAACACAACUUUUGCUUAAAGUUGGAAUAUUGGGGGCUAAUUCUAGUGAAUUAAGAUCUGCUUAUGGUUUUGGACAAAGUGUUCCAGCAAUUUCUAUUGCUAUACAAAGAGCUAGAAAUGAACAUUUAAUUGAUUUUGUUAAUUUUACAUUUACUUGGUUAAUGUGUGAUUGUGAUCAAGUACUUGCUGUUGGAUACUCUAAUAAAUUAAUUCUUGACCAAAAUGUUGAUGUUAUUAUUGGGCCUCCUUGUGUUACAUCCGCAGUUGAAGCUGGAUUACCUCCAGGAUUUUAUAAUAUACCAAUAUUUUUGUGGGGUGCCACAAUUGCAACAGUAUUUAAUGAUAAUGAUAUUUAUCCAACAUUGACAAAUAUUAAUUCUAAUACGCAAUUCCUUGCUCAAGCUGUCGAAGCUAUUUUAAUGCAAUUUGGUUGGUAUGACUUCUCAUUUAUUUAUAUUCCAGAUGAUAUUAGAAGUUAA